GGCAAGGGGGUGGAGAGCCAGGGAUCUUGUAUUUAUUGAAGACUUUUUACUCUGUUCGUGUAAUCUUUUCAGAAACAGACUAUGGGUCCUCGUUUUGUGACAGUCUCCUGGGUGUUAGCAGCCUGCAUUGCAUACGCGAUUGUGACAGCGGUCGAGGAAAAUGGACACAUUCAAAAAAAUUUGCCAAUAGAUUGUGACAAACUCCCCAGAGACAGCCCAAGUGGAGUGUAUGUGAUCAAGCCCGAGUCUUCCCCUCCACUAGUUGUCUACUGCCAUGUGGACAAAGAAGGCAAUAGCUGGACGGUGGUGCAGAGGAACACCCUUAAAACAGAAAUCACUUGGCAUGAAUCUUGGACCACCUAUAAAUAUGGCUUUGGAAAUGUACUGAAGGAGUAUUGGUUGGGCAAUGAGUAUAUCCACUUGUUGACUUCUCAGAGAACCUACAUGGUACGUUUCAUGCUGAAGGACAAAACAGAAAAAGAGUGGUAUGCAGACUAUGAUAUAUUUAGCCUUGAUACAGAAGCUAAUGGAUAUAUCCUACGUUUAGGAAGGCACUCAGGUACAGCUGGAGACUAUCUUUCAACGUUUGAUUCAAACAAUAUUCAUGAUAACAUGAAGUUCUCUACAAAGGACAAGGAUCAGGAUCGAAGUGCCUCACACUGUGCUGGAAGCUAUGGGGGCUGGUGGUAUGACAACUGCCAGCUGGUCCUCUUAAAUGCCAAAGGCUAUAUCUACUGGAAAAACAUCUGCAGUGGAGAUUGCUCUGAAUCCAUUAUUAUGAUCAAACCUACAGGUAUUUGCUGAAGACCAUACAAUGACCUUCACUAAAAAGGACCAGGGGUUUAGAAUGUGCAUCAUUUCUAUGCUUAGUAACAUGGCUGUAACGUCUCCCUUUUUUUAGUACGUGGUUUGCAGAACCAUGUGAAUUUAUUUGGAAAGAGCCCUAGAUAGCUGUAAAUCUUGAGGCUUAACUCACCUUCUGGGGACUAGAAAAUGAUUUGCAUGGACCCAUUCCAGAGCCCAAAAU